CAGUCAGUCUGCUCCCAGUGCUGUACAGGAGACACCACUGGCAUUGGGUUCUGGAGUUCACACUGUACUGUGCUGGACUUCCUAAAACUAAGCCAGGAGUAAAUUGCAAGACUGCGCUGUGAACACUGCAUGUUUUCCAGAGCACUCCAGCGAAAGGGAAGACAGUGCACCUCACUAAGCUGGUUUCUGGGAAUCGCUUUCUUUUUAAAGCAGGAGACCUCUGUUGUUCAGUGUCUGCUGUGUUAACCUUUGGUGCCUUGCCUAUUGAAGUGGGCUGAUAUGGAAUGUGACCCUUACCACAGUCCAGUGAGUGUUUUGUGAAAUAAGGCAAAAGCUGCACAGAAUAAGAAAAUAAGGGAAGACAAACAAAUAAAACUUGUCGUUUUCCUCAGUAUGCCCGUUGAAACUUUGCACGCAGACAGAAUGGUUAGGCAAGUGUCGUCAGGAGCAGCCUUUACCUCCACCAUGCCUUUCCGGAUCCUUAACAAGGGGCCCGAGUACUUCCGCAGGCAGCUGGAGCCCAACUCCAAAAAGCUGAGCGCCGUGGAAAGACUGGAGGCUGACAAGGCCAAGUAUGUGAAGAGCCAGCAGGUCGUCAGUACCAAGCAGGAGCCGGUGAGGCCGCCCCUGAUCAAGAAGGCUCUGAUGUCCCCCGGGGUCCUGCGCACCAUCAACACCCCCACCCGCAAGAUCCCCCUGGGCCUCCGGAGGGGCGAGGGCUGCGGCCGGAGGGGGGCCCUGAACAUCGACAUCCUUAACAACCUCAUCAACAUCUGUGACAGUCCGCUGUCCUCGUCGCCGUCCCCCAAAACCGAGACUGGCGACUGCUCGCUGAAAGUGAAUGCUACGUGGGAGAAACAGCCAGACGGACAACCCAAGCUCUCCGGUGGCUACAGCAACCUGUCCAAGGUGUCUCCAAAUUCAGUGACUGUGCGGAGGGUCGACGUGCGGCCCAAUGCCGUGCAGCAGCAUCCGAAGCAGCGGCAGCAACAGCAGCAGCAGUGUGUUCGACAAACUGCUCCUCGCGUCUGCAGUGUUAUCCCACCCUCCUCCCCAGCCUACACCAGGAUUUCCUCCACCAGUUCCAGGAGUUCCAAAAGGGGACACCCCUCCUUGCAUCGCUCCAAAUCGGACCUGAGUGACCGCUACUCGCGGGCCACCGCCGACCUGGAGCGCUUCUUCAACUACUGCGGCCUGGACCCCAUGGAGAUCGAGAGCAUCGGUGUGGAGCGCUUCGCCCGGGCCAGCUCCGACAUCGUCUCCGUCAAGCUCCCCAGUGUCAGCACGCCCAGCUCGGAGCAGAGCUGCCAGACCGAGGAGAGAGCCAGCGAGCGGGAGCCCUACGGCAUCUCCAUCAUCGAGAGGAACGCCCGCGUCAUCAAGUGGCUCUAUGGCAUCCGUCAAGCGUGUGAGACGCAGAAGGUGUCCAACGUCUAGCCCUGCUGCUGCCGGACAAGAGAGAGACUUGUUUAGUGCGUGACUGUGCUAUCAAUAUUUCAUAACCAGAGACACUCGCGAGAUUCCAAGGUGCAGUGCAGUUCGUUUUUUCUAUUGUUUUGAGAGCCAAUCUUGUGCUUUUAAGCAUUGUUUGAGCACAAACUUAGAGCUGAAAAAAAAAGAAAUUAAACGGCGAAUGAAGCUGUAACACUGGAAGAAAGGUCGGGUUAAACUGUAACUGAAAAGCUUACCUAUUGAGAAGCUGCCCUUCUGUUCAAACCGGUUUCUGUGCCAAAGUGUAAGCUUAACAGUGUUUGUAAAGCUUGAUGUCUUUUAAGGUAAGAGUAAAGAAAAUAGUUUGCUUAGGGAGCAGUGAUAGGCUAAUACUGGGAGUAAACCUGUAUAUUUGACAUUUAUUUCAAAAGAUGAGUUGUUAUGAAAACAAAGUUUGAAAAUACAAAGGAAAAAAAGUACAAUGUCAUAAUUGCUGUGAAAUAAGGGCUUAAUAUUAAAUUGAGUUUAACAAGCCUCAUUCCUCCUGGCCUGAUCCCCAUGUGUCUUAGUUGGUCAUUUUACACUGUUUUGUGUGUGUGUGGUUUAUCGUAGAACUCUACAGGGCUUUCUGUGGUACUUUUAAAAUAAAGCUGCUGACGAUCUAAUGGAGUUGCAUUUCACUGUUCCAGAUUUAUUAUUUAUCCAGCUAUGCUUUUGGCAAAGGGAUUUAAGCUUUGAGUUGUCAGUUUUGUUGUGAUGAACAGGUGGUACAUGUAAGUGCUGAGGUGGGUUCGUGAAGGUGUCGUAUGUCAGGCAGUCUGUGUAUGAGGGAGUGAUCAAGCCUGCUAGUGUUAAACACUGAACUGGAGAGGAGAGGCUCUGUGGAGAUCUCUCUGUAAACUGGGUGUGAAACACAGAUUAGAUGGGUCAAACCCAUUAGCUGGGAAGAUUAAGGGGGUGAAGUUUUUAAGAUAAGUAAAAGAAGUUGCAGAUUUUAAGCAUAGAUCGGUUGUGUGUGUAUACAGUGCAGUGUGCAUUUGUGACAAACCUUAACUAUUUGGUCCAUUUAAAGGAUCCUGUCCUGUCUAUUGUGUGACUAUCCUUUGCAUGGAACAGCGGCUUUUUAAUGGGUCACAAUGAGUGGCUAUUUGUUUAGCAGAUUCUCAGUGUAAUGCAACCCCCCACAGACACACCCACACACACCCCCAUACGAGUCUAACCCAAUUAACAGCAGCUGAUGCAAAUGCACAUUGUGAUUUUGGAGAGACAAUAGAUGACUUUUCAAAGAAAGAUAAUUGCUGAAUAGAAAUGCUAUAGAAAAUGUUUGUGUAAUUUCAUGUUUUCCGUCUGUCUAGUUCAUUGAUUUAUUGCUGUUUUGUUUGGUCUUGUUCUGGCUUGGGAUAAAUGUAAAAUGAAUACGGUACAUCUUGCUUCUGGUUUAAAAAGAAAAGUCUCCGGGUUUGCUCUGUUUUGCUUAAAAGGCAGCCUGGGUCAGCUCCUGCAGAUGUGUGGGGCUCCUCCGUGAUUACUACAUGUGUUUGUGUUUAAUCCAGAACAAUGUGAAUACCCUUCUGUGUGUAUUGUUUUAUUAGGAUGAAUUGACUCUACAGGGUAAAUGCACUGUAUAGAAUGUGCACUGUCUGGUUUUCAUCAGCACUUUAUCAGAAUGUAGUUUAAACAGACACAAAACGAAAGGGUUGUAGUUGUACGAUCUUCCUAUCCUGCACUACCUGCAAACUUAAUGAUGCUGCACGCUGUGAGUGGAGUGGGAUUGUGAUGGCAUCCAAUUUAGUUGAUUUUUAUUUAAGAAAUCUCAAGAUUAUUAUUUGUAUUUAUUUUCUGUUGUAAAUACCAUCGAUUUCUGUAGUGCAAUUCAAAUGAAGGCUGUGAAAAUGUGACGGUGCAUAUUUUAAAUCUAAACAACUUUUGCACAACGAAUAUUUAGACUUAUUGGUGAAUAAACGGCUGGCAUUUAUAUUAAUAGGACAGAAAUGAUCAGGUUUAACUGUCUGCUGUCCUGUACCAGCUGUGUUUUAUUUACUCUGUUUUUGUUAAUCCUAUAACUUAUUUUUGUGCAAUACUUGAAUUGGUUGGUUCAAAAUUCAACUUGGUAUGAAGUAAAUGUGAUGGCAUUCAAUUUGAUGUGUUUGAGUGUCUCAUUGUGUGAAACAAAUUCAACAAACAGCAUACAGGCAAACUUAGAAUAAAACUGCCACUGAUCGAUGUCAACCCUCCUCCCAGAGUUUCCAGACAAAUCUGUUUAACCCUGGAUGGGGGGGAAAAAAACAAAAACCCCAAAAAACCUUAUCUAAUUGUAAAAGGAAGGUUCAGUGUAUUGUGAAUAAAGAUCACAUACAAAAUCAGUUAAUAUUUGUCUGUGAGGGAGUACUGAUAUGAGGGUUCUGCUGAUGGAGAUUGCUUGAUCACACACACACACGUUUAGAUUGGAUUAUCACAAACAUGAAUUUGGCUUUGUUUAUUGCCAUCAGCUUGCAGCAAUUGUAUCUGGCAGUAUUCCAUUGAACAGUGAAAGUAACCCAUUUGUACAAUUGAUAUAAAAGAACCAAAUUCUUCUGUUUUUAAAUUAUUGUGUUGUUAGAGACAUGGGGUCUGUUGGCAUGGAAUUGAUUUCUGCUGCUAAAGCUCUUCCUGGUAUGACCUGUGCUGGGGGUACUGAAUGGUAUAACAUGUUGCCAGUUGCUGCACAACCACUGCACAGCUGAUGCUUCACAACAACUGCGUCUCUCCUCUUGUGUUUUGCAGUUCCGCUGUAUUUGUGUAACCAGCAGCCAGGAAGCACAAUGUGUUGUGUCCUGUUUGUAUUGCCUGUACCUUCAACGCAAAGACUGCUCGCUGUAUGUGUUCUUUUUCUCAUGCAAAUCUUCGUAUCACAACAACACAAAGGUUAAAAAAAGAAAAAAAACAACACCUUUACCUUUUAACUCGUUUUUUUGUACAUAUUUGUUUUUUUUGAGAAGAAAAAAAUAAACAAGCACUGCAUUCCUUAGAAAAGA